AAAAAAAUAUCGCAACAUGAGUUCAUAUAUUCGUGAGCAAAAGAAGGUUUUGAGACAAACCAUCAAACAAUCUAUCACCGAACAUUGCGAAAAAGUACACAAUGGACAAUACACUGGUGAAGAUUUGGCCAAGGAAUUGAGAGAAUAUCGUUCCACUGAAAAGCCAAGUAACUUUAUGGUUUGGAAGAGACUCCACAAGGGUACCGGUGUUUAUGCCAGUUGGAAGGAUGAUAAUAUUUUCAAGUGGACUUUCAAGGAAUUGACAAGAGCCAGAACCUUCCCAUGGUUGGUUGCUGCUGCUUCUUGGUGGGGAUUUGUUUAUCUUUUGCCAAAGCCAACAGAAGAAGACAUGAAGAAAUCACCAAACUACUAUCCACACGGUCACCCACCAGGAUCUAACAUGACUCCUCACUACCAACAUCUCGUUCAUGAAAUCGAGGCUCCACCAAAAUUCUAAAUUAUUUUUAACUUAAUCAUGGGUGUUUAAUACAAAAACAAUGUAACUAUAAUAGUUCUUUUGAUCCGAUUUUGUUGUUCAAUAAGAAAAACGACAAGAUGAUGAAAUAAAUUAUCUAUGUUAUUUG